AUAUGUUCGAAAGCAGCUGCCUUUUCACCCGGGAAGUAGAAAAGCGGCGGGAAAUAUUUAAAACAAGUUUUACGAGAGCAAAGUGAAGAGUUCGGCCAUUGAUGCUGCAACACCCUUUCUUACACGACGAAGAAUCCGUCUUCUAGCAUGAAGAAGGCAGUAACACCCUGUUGCAUCAUCGACACCAAUCAACUUCGGAGGGGGAGCUCUCUGGUCGCAGGCUCAACUUCCGGAAGAAGGUCUUCGCUCGCUAUUUCAAAGCAGAUCAGAACUGACACAAGGCCAAUACACGACAGACGUUAUCAGGCAGCCAUGAUCAGAUCUGUAAACUCGUACCUUCACUCUCACGGUUCUUCUUCCUCAUUGUCGCCAAAAAACCUCCCCUCAGGCAAAGACGUGAAGGACAUAAUAACCUUUAUGGUCCAUCAGAUGGACCCUGCGUGGGAGCUGGACAAGCUGGAGGAUGACGUGCCAUUUCUGUUCAGGCAGUACUGCUACCCAUUUCAGAUCAACAAGAGCGCUUUACAUGCCGCGGGAAGCCCGCAUUCGUGGCCAGCCCUUCUAGCGGCUCUGUCAUGGUUUGUGCAGCUUUUAAAUUACAAGGAAAAAGUAGAAGAAGAAGGGGAAAAUAAUGCAGAUAACGUGGCAGAUUUCCUGGAAAAGAGCUACGCAUACUUUUUGCGAGGGGACGACAAUGCCGCAGAAAUUUUGGAACAGCAGUAUACUGCUCAUGUGGAGGAAGAACGCUUGCUUAUAUCUCAACGAACUACGGCUGCGGAAACUCUAGUUCGCGAGUUGGAGGUCAAGAUUAAGGGUUUGAAGACGGGGACGCUGCUAAUUGAAGAACUGAACCAAAAAAAGGCUCUAAUUGCUGAAGAUGUGAAUAAGUUUCAUUUAAUUAUCGACAACUUGUCCUCGAAGAAGGAUACUCUAGAGAAGCGUUUGGCGGAACAGAGGCAGGAAUUGGAGGACAACAUUGUGCAGAUUGAACAAUCUAGGAAAGAAAAUGAGGAAUUAAAGCAGCAGGUGGGUUCGCAGGAUGUAAAUAUUAGGGAUUAUCAGAAAAUGAAAAGAGAAUAUCAGAUUAUUGAAGCUGACAUCAGAAUCGCGGAGGAAUCCAGGAAUCAUUGGGAAGAAAAGGCCUGGGAACUGGAGGUCUCAGCCAGUAAAAAGUUGAAGGAGCUAGAGUGGGCAAUUGAUCGGUACAAUCAGGACAUUGUCAGAUUGAAGCUUGGGAGUCAAUUUGAGUACAAGCUAAAUAAAAGAGGAAUGACAGAUAUGGAUAUUUUGGGCGUGGAUUUUAAAGCUACAAUAAGGCCUCAAAUUAUUUCAUCUACUGAGGAUUAUGAACACAAUUAUAGGAAGAUAUGGGAGGAGUCAGUAGCGGUUCAACAAAAGGUACAUGACAAAUGGUCAGAACAGGAAAGAAAAAGAGAAGUUAAUAGUAGUCUUUCAGCACAAAUUAAAAAGAUUGAAGCACGCUACAAUACUGUAAAAAAUGGUAUGGAAGAAUAUGUAAUGUCAAAAGCAAUGGAAUGUGAAAGGUUGUUAACACAUGUAGAAAAUAAUGAAAAUGAGAUGAAGAAAAAAGAAGCUGAAGCUGACAACAUUUUAAAGAAAGCUACAUCAGAAUUAGAAGAAGUCACUAAGCACUAUGAUGAAGAAAUUCAGGUUCGUCAUAAGGAAUUGUUUCAACUUAUUGAUAUUGUUUCAAAACACAAAGAAUAUGUAGUAAUGAAAAGUUCUUCUGUCAAGACUGUUGUAACUGAAACCGAUCAGGAGGUCAAAAGGAUUUAUAAUUGGAAAAACUAUCAUUGCUCACAAUAAACUAGUGCUCUAUGUAAUGGUGUAUAUGCUUUUGCUAUUUUCAUAGCACGAUAAUGUUUGCUAUAUGAUUUUCCUAAUUGCCCAAAAAUGUGAUUGGAUAGUUACAUGUAUGGUGAAAAAUUGGCCUGAAAUUAUUACUUCUCAACAAGUUUGGAUACUUCACCCUCCCUAUGACAUUUCACCUGUUGCACCUUUCAGUCAAGGAGAAAAAAUUCUAAUUUGUUAAUAUUGAUAGAAUCUUGUCGAUUAUGAGGAACAAAACUAA